AUGGAGGAAGGCCGAUCAACUCGUUUAUCAAAUAAUCCUUAUAGGGCGUCAAUGAUGCUGGACAACGCCCCCUCUGUGGAUGUCCCCGAGCAGAUGUGGAUUGAUUCCGUGAACAAUAUACUCGGGAACGUCGAAUCGAACCGGCUAUCAAACAAUCCUUAUAGGAUGUCAAUAGUGCCCGAGGCGAUGGCCCCGGUCGCUGAGACGGACUCAAAUGACGAUCCCUCUGUGGACGUCGCUGAACAGACGUGGAGUGACUCCGCGACCAACAUCCCAGAGGACGACGUGGCAGUGGCAGCAUCUUUGAACGGCUCCUAUCACAAGAUCCCACCCCCUGAUAUCGCAAAGACAUGCCCCUCGAGCGUCCCUGAGGCUCCUAGCCAUUUAAGCAAGAGGGUGAUUAGAAAAAUCAAGCGGCUUAUACACAAGCGCGGCAACGAAAUCGAGAUGCUCACCGUCUUCACCAAACACGGUGCCAUAGUUUGCUCGUACGAGUCGUCUAAGGAGCCUCAUUACACUGUUCAUUCCUCCGAGGGCCAAUACCUUGGCCUCGCACUCGAGCUGGGUUUCAAGCAAGAAGGCUGCCCUUUCGAGUUCGGAAGCGUCAACUGGCUCAGCGGGACGCAGGAGGAGGUCGAAGACAAGAUGACACUGCUCGCGUCGCCCGACGGCGAGCACCCUGGGGACGGGAAGCAUCAGUUUUACGGUGUGCUGUCGCCCACGGGUCGAUACGUCUUCGCAGCCGUGCUCAGGGAGGGUUCCUCCGGGGCGCUGGGCCUCAAAUCCAUGCGCAAGAUGCGGGAUCUAGCUGACAAGUUGGAGGUAUACGAGGCGUGGGCCGGGAGCGGCGGGUUGAUCUCGAAAAUUGCAGCGAAACUCUGA